AUGGUCCUGAAGCGGACCCUUAGCAUUGCGAAGGCCCCCGACCUGGACGAGGAGGAGGAGGAGGAGGAGCUGGAAAGGUUCAAGGUCCAGACGGGGCUGCAGACACUGGAGCUCCCUUCGAAGGCGGAUCACGUGGAGGGUCUCUUCACGGUGUUCGACAAGAACAGGGACGGCAUCAUCCACUUCGCUGAGUUCGAAGAGCUCGCUCUUCACCGAAGGCACGCAGCACACUUCCUACGAACUGACGGCGAACUUUUAGCUCAGCUGGCUGAUGUCUUCGAGAACCUGGAUCACACCGCGGACGGCUUUAUCCGGAAGGAGGACAUCCGGAGAGCCCUCGACAAGCUCGAUAUCGUAGCCUCGGACGCGCAGAUCACGAAGCUCAUGUUUCGGGCAGAUCUCGACAACGACGGCAAGAUCAGCAGGAAGGAGUUCCAGCAGUUCUUGCUCCUUUGCUCUCCGGCAAGCGUGGCGGAAGUGUUCGACUACUGGGCGCACGCGUCGGCCAUCGACAUCGGAGAAGAUAUGAGCGCGCCGGAUAACUUCGAGUCUCAGGCUCAGGCGGUGGUGACGUUCGUGGCGGGGGCGAUCGCUGGGGUCGUGAGCCGGACAGCCACGGCGCCGUUCGACAGGCUCAAGACCCUUCUGCAGUCGGGGAAGACAAAGGGCACAAUUGCCAAGAGCAUGAGCAACAUCUACCGUCAGGAGGGGUGGCUGGCGUUCUGGAACGGCAACGGGGCCAACACUCUCAAGAUCAUGCCCGAGAGCGCGAUCCGGUUCCUGGGGUAUGAGAUCUUCAAGAACAGCAUCUGCAAGGACCCUGAUAACGUCAGAGUCGGAGAAAGGUUCUUGGCUGGGUCGAUGGCCGGGUCGCUGGCGCAGCUUGUGAUCUACCCUUUAGAAAUAGCCAAGACAAGGUUAGCUGUGGGAGAGAAGGGCGAGUUCAAGGGGAUAGGCGACUGCCUCACGCGCAUCGUAAGAGAGAACGGCAUGAGAGGGCUUUUCCGCGGACUGCCGGCGAGCCUCAUGGGCAUCGUCCCCUACUCCGGGACCGAUCUGGCGAUGUUCUACACGCUCAAGGCCAGAUGGAUGGCGGCCAACCCGGGCGCUAAGGAGGGUCCUGACGUGAUGACGUUGUUGGGUUUCGGUGCGUUGUCGUCGACGUGCGGCCAGCUCGUGGCCUACCCCUUGCAGCUUGUAAGGACAAAGCUGCAGGCACAGGGGAUGCCGGGGAUCCCGCACACCUACACAAGCACUGCGGACUGCUUCCGAAGAACAUUGAAGCACGAGGGAGUGCAGGGGCUCUACCGAGGCUUGGGACCCAACUUCUUGAAGGCUCUGCCCGCCAUCGCCAUCAGCUACGCCGUUUUCGAGAAGGCCAGAACGAAGCUGUCGUCGUUGGUGCCGAAGCACGGGGGCGGGAGUAACCGCAGAGUACUCGUGGGGGGCGAAAGUCCAACAACCGGGUGAUUGAUUGGGGGUUUAGGUUUUGAAGCAGCCAGUAGAAGAUGCCAGAGAGAGGGGUAGAAGUCGGCUCGGGUUGAGCGACCGGUCCUAGGUCGAGAAAGAGGGAGGUCUUGCAAGUUCAGCAAAAGCCGAAACCGGGGCGACAAGUUGAGGCCGGACGGCAUGCGUUUGUUUGCUGCAGCGUGCAUGAUUUCGGUUUGGGCGGUGUCGCUUUCUGGGAAGAGAUGGACAGCAAACCCGGAGGUAUGUCAUUGGGAUGUUCUUGCACGCGUCCAACGACUGGCAAUGAGGUGGGCCGUGAGCUCUCCCCUACAAGGGUGAUACGUGGGCGACGCAUGGACGCAGCCAUGUUUU